AUGGAAAUACCCGUGGAGGAAGUGAACAGUAGGAAAAGGGAGUUAAACGUGUCUUUUGGGAAAAGUCCGAAUAUCGACCCUGUCCAACAGUUCAAGCGCCCGAAGGUCGCAACCAAGGAGAAAGAGUACGGCAUUUUUGCCGUGCUAAGCAGCCUGGAUACUCUGAAGUACGAGAACAUAUCAAUUCCCUUCAAGGAAAUUGUACGCAUAGGGCGAUCUGGCACGAAAAAUAACGACAUAAUCAUCUCGAACAACGACUGUUCGUCCGUCCACUGCGAGCUGCAAAUGGGGAAGAGCUUCAACCACUACAACUUGAUCACCAUAAAGGACUUGAGCUCAAACGGGACCUUUGUCAAUGAUGUAUUGGUUGGGAAAAACAACUCGGCACUGCUAAGGGACGGUGACCGAUUGUCAUUUGCCUCGACUCUUCACUACAUCGUCAGAUACGACUUGAAAUACAAAUCUGACCGAGCCUCAUUUUUCGACAAAUAUAUUUUGACUGAAAAACCGCUAGGUACGGGCCACUAUGCACAAGUGAAGGAGGCAAUUGACAGAGAGUCUGGGCGAAUCUGUGCAGUGAAGAUAUUCAAUCCUACAAGCCAGGGUGGCCAAGCCACCCAAUUGAAUAGAGAAUUGGAGAUUUUGGUCAACUUAAACCAUCCUAACAUUGUCGGCUUUUACAAUACGUUUCUAGAACCUGUGAGCAUGACGUCUUUGACUACAUUCUUGGUAUUGGAAAAGGUGAAUGGGGGUGAGCUUUUCAAUAGGAUAGUGAAAAAAGGCAAACUCGGCCAAGACGAAACGAAGGAAAUAUGCAAGCAAUUACUAGAUGGAUUGCAGUAUCUACAUUCAAUGGACAUCGUCCACCGAGAUUUGAAACCUGAGAACAUCCUCUUGAGUAUAGUGCCGACCGAGGCAGGCCAGUCUCAUAAUCAGCCCUGGGAUAAUGGGGAAGCGUCUGUCCAAGUGAAGAUUGCAGACUUUGGGCUUGCCAAGCUCAUUGGGAAGUCCCAGUUCACGACGACUUUGUGUGGAACACCAGCAUAUGUUGCGCCUGAGGUAUUGGCCAAUUCACAGCACAGAAAAUACAAUAAAUCAGUGGAUAUGUGGUCAGUUGGGGUCUUAUUGUAUGUUUGCCUAUGCGGAUUCCCCCCCUUCAGCGAAGAAUUAGGUCCUCCAUCCAUGAGGCAGCAAAUUCUGGAGGCAAGGUUUGCUUUUUAUUCACCAUACUGGGAUAAAAUAGAGGAUAUAUCAUUGGAUCUUAUCAGCAGGUUGUUAGUGGCCAAGCCAGACCAGAGAUUGACUGUCCAGCAAGCAAUCAGUCAUCCUUGGCUUCAAAACUUUUCUCAAACAGAGAACAUAGAAGUUCAAAGGUUGGAAAAAGAAGCUUCUUUUGAUGAUAUGGUAAGCCUAAGAGCACGACAGCUCUCAAUUAGGAUCCCAAGCACUUCACGUGGAUACUCUUGCGAGCCGAUAACUAUCAAAGAGCGUGCUAAUACAGGACUAACAGAUGAUAUAAUUGCUCAAAGGUAUUGUCACUAUAACAAGACCGACGCGGACGGUGACACGGCAAUGUGA